AUGGUCGACGCCUUCUGUGCCACUUGGAAACUGGUUGAGAGUGAGAACUUUGAUGACUAUAUGAAAGCUCUCGGUGAGGAAAAGCUUUUUUAUUUCUUCGUUCUGUUGCUCCUUCUUUCUAUUUAGAUUCAGAUUUUACUUAAAAGUGGAAGAAAUCAGAGCUGUUUCUGCACCUGUAAUGUCUGAGAUGUUUCUUAAAUCAUUUUUCCUCCAUCAGGUGUGGGUUUUGCCACCCGACAGGUUGGAAAUGUCACCAAGCCCACUGUGAUCAUCAGCCAGGAGGGUGACAAGGUGGUGAUCCGCACCCAGAGCACCUUCAAGAACACAGAAAUCUCCUUCAAACUGGGGGAGGAGUUCGACGAAACCACUGCAGAUGACAGAAACUGCAAAGUAAGAGCCAAACCUUUGGAAGUAUGAAACACUGGUACCAUAGAAAGAAUGAAGGAAGUGUUAAAAAAAGUGGGACAGAAACUGAAGCUUUUUGUAGCAGAACAUCAUAUUAAACAUGGAUUUCUUUAGAGACCAGUUUAAAGGCACCAAGAUUGUGUAACUUCAGCUUGAUUGGGCUCUAAACUAAAAAUUUAAAGUAAGCCUACUCAUUAAAAUCACUCAGAGGGCACCAUUUUAUCACAUUUAUCACCUACAGUUGUUUUUUUCUGCUGUGUAAAGCCUUAUAGAGACUGAGCUUAAAUUUACACUUUUCUGAAUGAGGUUCUGUCCACACUCACACUCUCACAGUCUGGUCUCUCUUUGUUUCUAUCAUUGAGUCAGAAACUAAAUUUGGCAUCCUCAGACCUCCACAGACAGACCAAAGUUCAACGGCUCCUUUGUUGGACGAUUUUCAGCUUCAAUUGGUUUAAUAAAAUCUUUUGUCUUUCGCCUUUCAGUCCACGGUGACUAUGGAGGGGGACAAGCUGGUGCACGUCCAGAAGUGGGACGGCAAAGAGACUAAGUUCGUCAGGGAGAUCAAGGAUGGCAAGAUGGUCAUGGUGAGAGAGAUAAACCUGGAUAACGUGUACUUUGUAUUCAUGUCUUUAAUUCUCUUUAUGCUUUAUGCAUUCAAGACACAGAGUAUAUGAGUAGAAAAUGUGCAACAAUCCUACCCAAAGAAAUAUACUGCAACAAAAAUCUGCAUUUUAAAGAAUUUACAAUACAUAAUUUUAGAUAAAUAUCCAAAAUAUAAGUUUUUAACCAUUUAAAUCUUCGUAGAUGAGGAAAGUCGCACAAGAUACUUUAUCUUAUGCAAACUUUUAGGGAAAAAAACAACUUUUUAGGCAUUUUUCAGGACUGAAUUUGUGAGGAAUAAUGGCUUAUUUUGUCUCUUUGUUGUGCACCUAUGGCAAUAGAUUUUUGUUUGUUUGUUUUAAUGUCUUUAAAUGUCUUAAAAGAGAGUUUUAUUCAAUUUAUUUUACUUUAAAUAAACUCCUUUAUUUAUUUAUUUAGUUUAUUUUUGGAUCAACUAGGCUUUUUUGUUUUUACCCAUGCAGUGUUUUUGUUACAACAUUAACUCUCUAAUUUUGAUAGUGAAAUCGUCAUUUUUUGUUGCUUUAAAUUUUACAUUUUAAAGGUUUGAAGCCCCCUGUUUUAUUAAACACCUCCUUUCUUUUGCAGAAUCUGACCUUUGAAGAUGUCCACGCGGUGCGAAGCUACGAGAAAGCAUGA